GCGAUGCUUCGAGGUGCCUCUGUGCUUACGCGAUCAACUGCACGCAUUUCCGGUAGAUCGACCCGCUUGGGUUCGUCUGUACGAUGCUAUUCGACUGUUGAUGAGCCCAAACGUGGAUCAAUUGGAAAAACCCUGCUGUGGACGACCUUAUUGACUACUGCCGCUUACUCUGGCGCGACCUAUUAUGCACUUCAAAACAAAGCAUUCUACGACACUUUUACAACUUACGUACCUGGUGGAGAACAGGUUUUGGAUUUCCUCGAGGAUCUUUCGCAGGACGAGGAAUUGCGUCAAUAUGCUACCAAAGCCAAUGAGUUGAAGGAUUUUGCAGUUAUACACAGUGCUCUUUUGAAAACCAAAGCGCUCGAAGCCAAGGAUAAGGCCACCGAAUUUUACGAGAACACUCAUGAUCUGGUUUCUAAGCUCAAGGGUGAAGACCAGGACGUUCGUGCUCAGGGUCCUGCACCCAUUACACGCGUGAAACGUACUCUCAAAAAGGAUGGUCUUUUUACUAAUGUGAUGGAAGGUGGUGAACCCGUCAAGGCCGCAUUUACCCCAACCAAUAUUCCCGAUCUUGAUGGUCUUGCUCAGACAAUGGCACGUUUGGUAGCUGUCUUGAAUGAGUCUGGCAUGACCGGUCAUGCUAAGCGUCUUGUAGACUUUGCCUCGCGUGAUAUCCAACUGUUGGCUUCUGACUUGAAGUCCCAGGAGAGUGAACAGGCCGAAUUAGUCAAGCAAACUGCCGCACUUUUGCAGAUUGCUGAUGAACUUCAGAACAAGGUUACUGAGCACCGUAAGGAGAUUGCAUCCAAAGUAGAGGAAGCCAAGGCUCAAUCUGAUGCCCGUAUCGCCGAGAAAGAGACAACUAUGCGUGACGCUUUUGCUGUAGAGAAUGCUACUUUGGAACAGCACUUGAUGGAAGUCGGACAAAAGGAACUCGAACAUCAGCGCACUGUCUAUCUCGAAGCUCUCACAAACGAACUAAAGGAGCGUGCUAUUGAGUUGCAACGCGGCUACGUUGCUCAGGUCAAGAAGCAAGUUGAGGAGGAACGUGGUGGUCGUCUGUCCAAGGUUGAUGAAGUUGUUUCUCGCCAGGGUGCCCUGGAGCGCAUGGCUUGCACCAACGCCGAAUAUCUUGAUGACUCCCGCAAGGCUCAUCAAUUACUUGUAGCAAUUGAGAGCUUGAAGCAGGUCGCUUAUGCAGGCAACAAACAGACUUUCCUUGACGAACUCAAAGCCCUCGAGGCCCUCAGUGCCUCUUCUUCUCCCUUUGCCAAUAAUGCCGAAAAGCAAAACGAAGCGCUUGUACACGUAGUUGUCUCCAGCAUCUCUAAGACCGUUGCUGAAAAUGGUAUCGAUUCACUCGCUCAAUUAGUUGAUCGCUUUGAGAUUGUCAGCCGUGAAGUUAGAGAGGCUUCAUUGAUCCCCGAAGAAGGCAGCAGCAUGAUGUCUCACGUCCUUUCGAUCAUUCUCAGCAAAUUCUUGUUCCCUAAAGAAGGCCUUGUAGAAGGCGAUGAUAUUGAGGCUCGUCUUGCACGCGCAAAAUACCAUCUUGACUACUCUCAUGACCUUGAAAGCGCUGCCCGUGAGGUCAACCAGCUCAAGGGAUGGCCAAAGACCCUCGCAACUGACUGGCUCAAUGCCGCUCGCAGACACUUGGAAGUCAAGCAAGCCCUUGAGGUAAUGCGGACUCAAGCUGUAUUGACAAGCAUGCUCCAGUUAAAUUAGAUACUUUUUUUUAAAAAAAAAUCAAACAAAAAAUACACACAUCCCAAAUCUCAAAUCCUAAAAUAACUCCGUGUUGAGCGGCGGUUUAAUCACAUCGUCGAAGCCGAAACGAGCGAGGAGAGCUUGUUGUGACUUUUUGAGUUGACGCCCCGAGAACGCUUCUUCUUCCUUUCUUAAUAUAUUAUAGCUAUGGCAGACGUUCCAGAAGU